UAAUGUUUCACCUGCAUGCCUGUUUUAUCUGGCCUCCUGUGGAUACCAGCAGCAAGUGGGUGACUUGUGAUGUGCUUGCUUAAAAGACUUCAGCUCUUGGGCCCCUCCUGUUUCAUGCAGAACUUUCUCAGAGGAUUAAAGGCAAAUGCUCUGAGCAGAUCCUAAACCAACAAUGGCCUGUCUUACAAUGACAAACAUGGAAGGCACGGCAACUCCUGUCCACCAGAACGGUGACAUCCUUGGGAAUGCCAGUGCACCCAAGCAGACUGAACCAUUGCUUCAAGUGUACCUUUAUCAUUCCCCUGGGAAGGCAGGAGAAGAUUAUCUGCAAUUUCCAGCAGGAGAAUAUGUUGCAGAAGAAAUUUGUGCCAUUGCUUGUAAAGCCUGCGGUAUCAUGCCGGUGUAUCAUAACAUGUUUGCACUCAUGAGUAAGACAGACAGAAUUUGGUUUCCUCCAAAUCACAUCUUCCAUGUGGAUGAAACAACCAGAUUCACUCUACUUUACAGGAUAAGGUUUUAUUUUCCACACUGGUAUUGCAAUGGCACAAGCAGAGCAUAUCGAUAUGGCAUUCUUCGGGGUGCUGAAAGCCCCGUUCUUGAUGAUAUUGUCAUGUCUUACCUAUUUGCACAGUGGCGAGAUGAUUUUUUGAAUGGGUGGAUACAAAUGCCUGUUACUCAUGAAACACAAGAAGAAUGCCUUGGAAUGGCUGUUCUGGAUAUGAUGAGAGUAGCCAAAGAAAAGGACCAAACCCCAUUGGCUGUUUACAAUUCAGUCAGCUACAAAACAUUUUUGCCUAAAUGUGUUCGAGCAAAAAUCCAAGACUACCACAUUUUGACACGAAAAAGAAUAAGGUACAGGUUCCGAAAAUUUAUACAACAGUUUGGCCAAUGCAAAGCUACUGCCAGAAACUUGAAACUUAAGUAUCUUAUAAAUCUGGAAACCCUUCAGUCUGCCUUCUAUUCAGAGGUUUUUGAAGUAAAAGAGCCUGGUGGAGAUCCUUCUGGAGAGGAGAGUUUUGCAACAAUUGUAAUAACUGGAAAUGGUGGAAUUCAGUGCUCAAGAGGAAAACUUAAAGACUGUGAGACACUUACAGAACAGGAUUUACAAACAUACUGUGAUUUUCCUGAUAUCAUUGAUGUCAGCAUCAAACAAGCAAGCCAGGAAGGCUCCAGUGAGAGAAGAAUUGUCACCAUUCACAAGCAAGACAGCAAGAAUCUGGAGGCUGAAUUUCAGUCAUUAAAAGAAGCUCUCUCCUUUGUAUCAUUAAUUGAUGGAUACUACAGAUUAACUGCAGAUGCCCACCAUUAUCUCUGCAAAGAAGUAGCACCACCAUCAGUGCUUGAAAAUAUCCAAAGCAACUGCCAUGGGCCAAUUUUCAUGGACUUUGCUAUCAAUAAACUGAAGAAAGCAGGUAAUCAGACUGGCUUCUAUGUUCUUCGCUGCAGCCCUAAAGAUUUCAAAAAGUACUUCCUCACCUUUGCCAUAGAGCGUGAAAAUGCCACUGAUUAUAAGCACUGCUUAAUUACAAAAAAUGAAAAUGGAGAAUAUAAUCUUAGUGGAACYAAAAGAAGUUUUGGUAAUCUUAAGGAUCUAUUGACCUGUUACCAGACAGAAACUGUCCGUUCAGACAGCAUAAUUUUCCAGUUUAUCAAAUGCUGUCCUCCAAAACCAAAAGAUAAAUCAAACCUCCUAGUUUUCAGAAGCAAUAGUGUUUCUGAUGUACCUUCRUCACCUACUUUACAGAGACACAAUAAUGUCAACCAGAUGGUCUUUCACAAAAUCCGUAAUGAGGACUUGAUAUUUGAAGAGAGUCUUGGACAGGGCACAUUUACAAAGAUUUUCAAAGGUAUAAGAAAAGAAGUGGGAGACUAYGGCCAGCUCCAUCAAACUGAAGUUCUUUUAAAGGUGCUGGAUAAAGUGCAUAGAAACUACUCUGAGUCCUUCUUUGAAGCUGCAAGUAUGAUGAGCCAGCUUUCUUACAAGCAUUUGGUAUUAAAUUAUGGAGUCUGUGUUUGUGGAGAAGAAAAUAUCCUCGUACAGGAGUAUGUAAAAUUUGGAUCCUUGGACACAUACUUGAAAAAGAAUAAAAAUGCUAUCAAUAUUUUGUGGAAGUUGGAAGUAGCUAAACAGCUGGCAUUAGCCAUGCAUUUUCUGGAGGAUAAAGGCCUUGUUCAUGGGAAUGUCUGUGCAAAAAACAUCUUGCUUAUCAGAGAAGAAGACAGGAAGUCUGGAAACCUUCCUUUCAUAAAACUUAGUGAUCCUGGCAUCAGUAUUACAGUAUUGCCAAAAGACAUUCUUCUUGAAAGAAUACCAUGGGUUCCACCUGAAUGUAUUGAGAAUCCAAAGCAAUUAAGUCUGGCCACAGACAAAUGGAGUUUUGGCACUACGUUAUGGGAAAUCUGCAGCGGAGGAGACAAGCCUCUAAGUGCACUGGAUUCUCCAAGAAAGCUACAGUUUUAUGAAGACAGACACCAGCUUCCUGCUCCUAACUGGACAGAACUAGCAAACCUUAUAAACAACUGUAUGGAUUAUGAGCCAGAUUUCAGGCCUUCCUUUAGAGCCAUUAUACGUGACUUGAAUAGUUUGUUCACUCCAGAUUACGAGCUUUUGACAGAAAAUGAUAUGUUGCCAAAUAUGAGAACUGGUACUCUUGGGUUUUCUGGGGCAUUUGAAGACCGGGACCCAACCCAAUUUGAAGAAAGACAUCUUAAAUUUUUACAGCAACUUGGCAAGGGAAACUUUGGCAGUGUUGAGAUGUGCAGAUAUGACCCCCUACAGGAUAAUACUGGAGAGGUGGUGGCUGUAAAGAAGCUGCAACAUAGCACAGAAGAGCAUCUUAGAGACUUUGAAAGGGAAAUUGAAAUCCUGAAAUCUCUGCAGCAUGAUAACAUUGUUAAGUACAAAGGAGUGUGCUACAGUGCUGGUCGUAGGAAUCUGAGACUAAUUAUGGAAUACUUACCAUUUGGAAGCUUGCGAGAUUAUCUUCAGAAACACAAAGAAAGACUGGAUCACAAGAAGCUUUUGUUGUAUGCCUCUCAAAUAUGCAAGGGCAUGGAGUAUCUGGGCACUAAAAGGUAUGUUCACCGGGAUUUAGCAACCAGAAAUAUCUUAGUGGAGAAUGAGAACAGAGUUAAAAUUGGAGAUUUUGGUUUGACAAAAGUCUUGCCACAAGACAAGGAAUAUUAUAAAGUGAAAGAGCCUGGAGAAAGCCCUAUAUUUUGGUAUGCUCCAGAAUCUCUGACAGAGAGCAAAUUUUCUGUGGCCUCAGAUGUUUGGAGUUUUGGUGUGGUCUUGUAUGAACUCUUCACCUACAUUGAAAAGAGCAAAAGCCCACCAGCAGAAUUCAUGCGCAUGAUUGGCAAUGAUAAACAAGGGCAGAUGAUUGUAUUUCAUUUGAUUGAGCUGUUGAAGAACAACGGACGACUGCCAAGACCAGACGGAUGCCCUGAUGAGAUCUAUACCAUCAUGAAAGAGUGCUGGAACAAUAACGUUACCCAGCGGCCCACCUUUAGGGAUCUUGCUCAGCGAGUGGAUCACAUAAGGGACAACAUGGGUGGAUGAGAAGACUCUGUCAUGCAGAGGACACGUUGGAAUGCAAAACAAAACGUAUUUGCUGUGUAUAAUUGACAAAUGUACACACAUGUGCUGGGAGCAUACAUCUUUGCACACAUCUUUGCCAGGAGUAAAAUCUGGGAGGCAAAUAUCCUAGCCGAACCUGCAAACYGAGGAAUCCUGCUGGUUUUCUUUAUCAGGAUAUAUUUGUACUAUGAGAAAAGUUGCUGAAAUCCUCAAUAGGGAGAAAAAAUAUUUUUCUAAGUAAAAUAAUAUAAUAUAUAGUCAGUAAGCAACACCAUUCUUUGCCUUACUUGGCAAUACGAAAAGAGGUGGCUAGCAAAUAUGGUGAGGUUUCUUUUUUUUUGGAUGAAGAGACAGAGCAUUUCCUUGUUGAAAUGGAGAUGCACUGAAUAUACUUCUAGUCACACUGAACAUAUAGUGACUUGGCACUUGUUUUGUGUGUUGCACAAGGGCUUGUGUUUGUUAAUACAGUUUUAUAACUUUUCAUUGUURAUGCAGAAAUGCUUCUCUGUAUAACAAAAUGGAAGUGGUUGUGUAACUCAUAAAUUUUUUAUGUGCCUGUCUGAAUCAGUUAUUGGCCAGCAAUAUAUGCAAGAUAAUGGGCUGGAUGUUGAACUGCAAGGAUUUUGAGGGAAAUUCUUAAUUUGGAAAGUCAGAAAACUUAUUUAUCCAUGUGGACAAUUUAAUCUAAAAUGAAAAGGCAAAAAUGCAAUCCACAUUUUUUAACUUUAUCUCCUCUUGCACAAAUACUAGGUUUUCUUUAUAUAUUUGAAGAAACAUAACAAGUAACAUUGAAGCCAUUUUACUCAAGGCACUGUCUUCAGUUUGUGAAUAUGAAAAAGUUAAACAUAUCGUUGAUCCUCCAGAUGCUGCUCUGGUAUUCUUCCCAUCUUUGUAAAUUCAUGCAGUGAUAAAUUGAAAUUUUUUUAUACAGAAUUAAAAAUACAUAAAAUGCCCUCCCAUUUCCCAGUUCCUCAGUUCACUGCUAAGGUGAUCACCUUAUCUCUUCCUUCAGCCUGGACAGAGUGCCAGUCCCAACCAUGCCAAAGCUGUUUUUUAUUGAAGGAACCCACAAAUAUAACCUGUUGCUUUCUGUGGUAAAACUCAAGAGUAAGAUUAUUUGGAAAGAAGAAAUAAAAGUGCAAUUGCUCCACACUGAGCUGGGGACAAGGACACGAUCCCAGAUACAGGGAACUUGAAGGAGGUUAAAGCUAUGUAAAUAAAUUACUUGCAGCAUAUAAUUCCGCCUUUUGAAAUAAGUCUAGUGAGAAUUCAUGAAGAAGCCAACCGUUUGGGUUUGCUCUCAAGCAUAAAAAUGGAGAAUUAAUCAUUCAUAUCUCAAAGCAGUAAAUCAAAGUUUGAAGGUUUUUUUUCUAGUUCAAAUUAUCUGAUUUUUACCUGUUCUUAAAAUGAUUGCUUGUGAAGUGCAGUGCUUGUUCUUCUUGAAUUUUUACUGUGAGGAAGUUCUAUUAAGGGGCUGCACAACUUGGAAAAAAAGACUCUUGACAUCUAGAUUUGUAUUAAAAUUAGAUUUUUUUUCACCCACAGUGAAGUAAUUUCACUCAUGUUACCUGAAUUUUCAUUACCUCAGUUAUAAAAAUAAAAUUGCUUACCCAGGAUAACAAUAGUGCCAGUAUAGCAAUGUUUUGUACCACUUAUGGUGUUUCUCUCU